AUAGAGGAGGAUUUUUCUGCCAUGAAGGCUUGGAUUCAGUGGAACUCUGAUUAUGCAAGAAGUGAAUUGUCAGGUGAAGCCACUUGUGACCCCUAUCAGUUUCUCAUUCAUGCUGCAUUCAAUGCAAUUACUUUGGAAAAGAUUCAUGGAUGGUACACUGACUGUGGUUACUAA